AUUGAAAAAUUCUCUCCACACUGUCCCAAACGCCAAAACCGAAACCAAAAAAAAAAUGUCGGUGGCGAAUCCAAACGCUGCCAGAACGGUGCCUCCUCCACCCGACUACGAUGUCGAGUUUCGUAGCUUAUCAGACGACGCCUGGUACAGCGUUUGCACGGUUCUUGACGGCGAGAAACUCACUCUCAAGUACCAAAAUUUCAGUGACGACGACGACUCCAUUUUCGAGGUGAAGAAUUUCAAAACUUUGGAGGAAGUAGAGAGGUUGGAGGACCGGUUCCGCCCUAUUUCUGCUCAAUUGCAGGACAACGAGUGCCACAAAGUGGUCGGAGGUGUCGUUGUUUGCGCCUCGCAUUCCUUCGAUGGCUCUGACAACCGCUUUUACGACGCCGUAGUCGAUGAUGUGGUUCAUAAGGAGCAUUCAUUUGAACAGGGAGGAGAAAUGUGUUCGUGCACAUUUAUCGUGAUCAUGCAGCAUGGUCCAGUCGCUGGAUGUUUUGUUAACAAAACAAUUGAAAGCCUCUGCCUUGUACAGUCCUGUGCUUGCCUUGAUCCUAAUUUACAGCUUUUCUUGAAGAUGGUGAAGGAAAGACUUCAAAAUGAACCUCGUGUACUUGAGAACAAGAAGUCAGCCACAAGCUUUACUAAAUGGCUUAACCAGGCAAGUUAUUGUAUUUGUGAUAUUUCAAGAUUACCAUGUCUAAGCAUUUCUUUUUUGCAGAAUACUAAGUGUGCCAAGCAGUCUCCUUGUAAGAAACGUCCACAUGAUGAGGCAAAGAGUAAUGAUCACAGUGAUUGGUCUAGGGAUGACAAUGACCUCGGAGGCUGUAGCUCUGUGUUUUUGAUUGACAAUUUAGAUAAAGAUCUAUCUCCUUCAACAAUUGUGGAAUUCAUACACUCACGCACUUCACUCUCAGUUCAAGCAUGUGUCUUCCCAAGCAUGUCAUCAGAGAUGUACACACAGGGGGCCAUUGUGUUGAAUUGCAGAAAGAAUCUUGAGAAAUUGUCCAAAUUUCUAGAUUGUCAAGACCAUAUUAUCAUGUCAAAGAGAGGAAGGCCGUGGGUGGUAACUGGGAAUCUGUCUGGGUAUGAUUCAUUUGCAGUGUCAAUUCAAAACUUGAUGCAUAAAUAUCAGGAGAAUUGGCAGCAUAAAAGUACUGGCCAUGCUUUAAAAGUUGUUUGUCCUGGAUCUGAGGAAUACACGACUGCAAAGCAGCUGAGAGAUCUAUUCAUGGAGUUCACUGAGCAUCAACGGCGAUUACACAAGAGGCUAGCGAUGGAGGAGAGAAAGAUCUUGCAGCCAUCCCAAGUAGCAUAGGUACUUGAAUGCAUACUGUAUAUAGGUCUGUCAACAUUGUAAAGGAGAAGCUUACCGAAACUAAAUGACACGUGAUGGGAAAAAGGAAAUUAACCUCCCUUGUUUAGGUGUUUCAAAGAGGGCUUUAGUUUUGUAUCAGCAGACGGUGUGUCGUUUCGUUACUGGAAAAACAAGAUUUUUUUUUUCA